GCUCGCCCUCUUUUGCAACUGGAGACUGAUCUUGACAGGUUGUCUGAGACUGUUCUUUCAAUCGCUCGAUUUCUUGUUUGCUGACGUGUCUCCUCUCUCGCUGGUUUUUGCGUGUAGCUAGGUUUGGGGGGCGGGGCAGGACGGAACCGAGCGUCGAGUCUGUCUGAUCGAUGCUGGACCGGGAUUUACCGGUCAGCGCGCUGUGGCCUUGGACUUUCGGCCUACGAGCUGGACUAUGCGAUGACGCGUUGUAUCCGGCCGACCCGGGGAAGACUUUUGCGGCUGAUCCCCUCAUGGAGCUUGUCGCGACCCAGCCGCAAACCAGGCUGCCCCCCUACGGAGCGACAUGCAGCAGAUGAGAAAUUACAUAGCUACCUUCUCCAGUACUCUUUGAACGCGUCUGAUUUCCAUCGUCCCAUCGCUUGUACCACUGCUGGGUCGACUCCUGUUAUAAGGAGGUGUGUCGUACCUCCGAUU